AUGUCUUCAUCCAACACCACAAGCACACGACCUGUCUUCCUCCUUAAGUUUCGUGGCAACGACAACCAGCGCCACCAUUUGGCUGCAUUCAUCCCUAACGAGAAGUACGCUGGCGUCAACCUCGAGGAUAAUGUUAUCCGUUCCUGUACCAAGUGUAAGGGGCAUCUAAUUCACAUUAUCGGAAUGCCGAUGUCUGGAUAUGCCGUUGAGUUCGUCUCCAACUUUUCCACUCUCGAGAGCAGGACCCUCAAAGCCGCGCCAAAAAUCGGCGACGUGGCAACCAACUUGAUUGUGGAUCCUCCUGCAGAUGAUGUAGAGGAUCGUGUAUCACGAAGUACACCAACAGUUGGGGAUGUACUGGAGAAGCUAGCCAUGUCGCUCCCGGCUCCAAGAGCGUUCAAAAAUCUCUUGGGACCCGUUGACGAUGUUAAUAACCGGGACUGUCAGUCCUGGCUCGGCGACUUUAUCGCUCUUGUGGUCAAGCAUGGCUAUCUGCCCAACACCGCUUUUGCGAAAGUCAAAGCCGAAAGGGACCCUGGCGACCUUGGAACCAAGCUCAAGAAGGUAGAGCCAAACACUACCGCGACUGCCACUGGGGAGAGAUCCAAGAACACGCCUUCGAGGGCCACUCCGUCUCCCAACAACGCCGCAACUGCUAGACCAACAGCACCCGCAACUAGCACAUCUAGGUCUUCCAAGCUGGGGUGGCACCAGGAACCAGGGACGCAGAAGUGGCGAAAGUGGGAUGCAAAUGGAAAGAAGUGGAUUUACCGGUAG